GAUCCUGAAAAUGCCAUGCCAAGCCCCUCUCCACCCAUGGGUCUGGCCAAGCAAACCAUGGGAACGUAUACAUGUGGAUUUUGCAGGACCAACUGAGGGUCACAUGUACAUGGUUGUGGUUGAUGCUCAUUCGAAGUGGCCAGAAGUGCAGAUUAUGGAGUCCACAACCACAGACAGGACUAUUCGUGUUUUGCGGAAUCUUUUCAGCCGCUAUGGAAUUCCUGAAGUCCUUGUCAGCGAUAAUGGACCUCAGUUCACGGCACAGGAAUUUGCCACAUUCCUAAAAGCUAACCAUGUCAAGCACAUUCGCUCAGCUCCGUACCAUCCAGCCACUAACGGGCAAGCUGAGAGGUUUGUACAAACUUUGAAACAGGCGUUGAAGUCCUCAAAACACUCCUCAACCCCUCUCCAACAGAGAUUGGAUGCCUUUCUCCUGACCUACCAUAACGCACCACACUCAACGACUAAAGAGUCUCCAGCCAUGCUUUUUCUGGGCAGACGACUGCGCACUCGUCUGUACGCUGUGAAACCAAGUGUUCAGUCUGCUGUGAGACGCACACCGGAGUCACAGAUCCUCCGUAGAGCCUCUCGUUUCAAAUUGAGACAUUUUGCAGUUGGUGAUGUUGUGUUGGCUCGGGAUUACAGAGGGGGAGAGAAAUGGGCAAAAGGAGUCGUUACAACCCAAAGUGGACCAGUUUCGUACACAGUGGAUGUAGGUGCAACAGAAUCCUGGCGACGUCAUGCUGAUCAACUUCUGCCUCACCAGAGACAGAUUGCUCCAGGACAAUCUGCAGAAUCAGACACAGUUGUAUCUUGA